AUGCAUUAUUAUUAUACAAAUUAUAAAAAUCCACAAAAAUCCACAACAACAAAAAAGGAAUCACGACCUAGAAUGGCAGCACAAUUUUCACCAUUACAUGCACCCAAUUCACCUAGAUGUAAGGUGGAAGUAUAUGGCGAACCCAGAAAGCAUGCUUGGGCAAAAGAUUCUCAAUGGGUUCGUGAACGUAAAAGAUUAGAAGAAACAAUGCAUCCAGGAUUUAAUGAAAUUAUACUGACAGAUUCAAAUACUCAUAACAUCUACGAAGGAUUAAGUUCAAAUUUUUUUGCAGUAAUAUAUAAUCCUGAUACUAAACAACCAUUGGUGGUCACAGCACCGUUGAGUGUAGUCUUAGAGGGAACAAUAAUGAAAAUUGUAAAGAUGAUUUGUGGGAGAGAUAAUAUCGAUUUUAAAUAUUGGUUUCCUAAUACUCAAGAUGUACAUUUGUGGGAAGGCACUACAAGAUUAGUUUUACCAAUUGAAUUGAUUAAAUUUCGUGAUGGAAUGCCAAUAGCAAAAUUACCACCAAAUAACGAUACAGUAGAAUACAUAAAACAAGAAGUUGAAAAAGAAAUUUUUAAUAGAGCUUAUAGAAUAUUAAAAGAUGAUGAUUUAACGGAAAAUGGAUAA